AUGUCCUACGACAGGUAUGUGGCCAUAUGCAGGCCUCUGCAGUAUCCAGUCCUCAUGAGGAGAAGAAUAUGCUACAUCAUGUCAGGGGGUGUCUGGUUUUGGUCUUGUGUACAGGCUUUGACAUGUUCUCUUUACGUCCUGCCUCUUCCCUACUGCAAGUCCAAUGUGAUUAAACACAACAUGUGCGACUACCCAGCCCUUGUUCAGUUGUCCUGCUCUGACAAUUCUGCAUUUGAAAAAACAAUUUACAUUGGCGAUUUCCUGGUAUUUCUCAUCCCGGUCUCAAUCAUCCUUGCUUCCUACAUAGCCAUCCUCCUGCAAGUCUUAGGACCUCGCUCCUCUAAGAGAAGCCACAAGGCCUUGGGCACCUGCCUGUCCCACUUGUGCGUGGUGGGGCUCUUCUAUGGAGCAUCCAUGUUGACCUACAUGACACCUGUAUCCUCCUAUUCAGCACUAAGGUCCAUGAUUAACACUCUGUUCACGACUAUUGUGCCUGCCACAAUGAACCCUUUCAUAUACAGUCUGCGAAACCGGGAUGUGUCAGCAGCACUGAGAAAACUCUUUGCAAAAUAUACAUUGCAUAAGUGA